UUAUCCAUCCAUCCAUCGGGCCCCAUCAGCCAUCAUCCCAUUGGUCUGCGGGGCCCUGGCGGCCUCGUCGCCCAUUUGUGGGAGAGGAGGGUGGUGGGGUGGGGGUGCGGCUGCUGCUGCGGCCGCCAUGGGCGGUGACGGCAAUGUGGCUGUGUGCUGUGGAUCCGUGGGGGAUGCCAGGGAGGGGGGAGGGUGAGGCGGCGGGGGGAAGGGCAAGUGCUGAAUGAAUGACACACACACAAUCACGAUCACAUCACGGACACCGAGAGGGAGGUGCGUCGGUUUGCCGUGUGUCUUGGCUGUCUGUCUGUCUGUCUGUCUGCCGUGCGUACCUACCUCGAAAGUGCAUGCAGGUCCGCCACAUGCGUCGCAUCGUUUGAUGGAGAUGCAGAGGUUGGCGCACCGCGAGCAGAACAGGUGGUGACACGGGGUGAUGAACACCGUGUACUGCAUGCACCAAUGACCAGACAGACAGACGGAUAGAUAAGGAGAGAGUGUGGCGUGGUCUAUCUGUGGAAGGAAGCAUGUUCUGCAGUCAGUGUGUUGUGUCAUAUCUUGUGUCGGCGUCUGUUCUGGGUGUUUGCCCACUCACACACCUCGUUUCUGCAUCGGACCUUGCCGUCGGCUGUGCUGAUCAUGCCGCUGCAUUGCAGUCUGACCAAUGAGGUGCACAGGACAGAGAGAGAGAGAGAUGGGACACCUCUUGAGUGUGUGUGUGUGUGUUGGUCGCUCAUUCACUCACUUAGCCCUUAGGCGUUCUAGCUCCGCCCUCAGUCCUCUGUGCUGCUUGAGUUCUCUGACGAUCUUGAGACUCGACUGUGUACAGUCGUCCAUACGCUCCUCAAGGAAAGCGCGAAACUCCUGUCCGAUGCAUUAUUUCAAACAUGUACAGCCGCACAUACCCAAAUCCAUAUGCAUGCAAUGCAAUGAGUGGAGUGGCUUCAUGUCCUAUCUAUCCGGCUCACAUUGAGAGAUCUCUCAACCACCCCUUCGUCAGUCCUCGCCCGUUUGGCCGCCCUCCCCGUGUUGGCACCGUCCGCACCGGCUUCCCUCGCCGCCGGUCCAUCCGCGUCUUGCUGGUGCGGCUCUCGCUCUCGCUUUAUAGCCACUAAUGCAGCCACGUGGGCAGCACCCACACCACCACAAGCAGCACCACAAGCAGCAGCAGCAGCAGCAGCAGCACCAGCACCAGCAGCAGGAGGACGAGCAGGCGCCUUGGCAGCAGCUGCAACGCAACAAGUGUCCACGUACGCACAAAUGAGCAGGGACGAAAGGCACACGUAUGGAUGAGAUGAACGUGUGUGUGUAUCGUGCCUGGUGGUGCUGCUUUGGGUUUGGCCGUUGCCUUUGGGGGUGGGAGCGGCGCUUUGGCCUUGGGGCUGGUCGGUCUGGGCGCCGCGGCAGCACGAGCGGCUGAACGAACGAGUCGUCACACCAACAGGCAGCGAUGAAAGAGAACAAUCGCACACAACAUCCAUCCAUCCAUCUAUCAGCCUUCUCUUUUUCUCACGUGUGGCAGUGGUGAGUGGCUGCAGGCCUGGUGCACGGCCCAGUGGCUGUGCCCUGAGCUCCAAGAGUGCGUUGAGGACCAAGGCCGGCAUUGGCGACAAGCCGUGAUGCGGAUGACUCAGAAAGGGACGCUGGAAGGUCACAAACAGACCGGUGCUCGUCGACUGACACGGACAAGCAACCACAACGAUGGAUGGACGGCCAACGUGGGGGUGUUUGACCACCGGGGUACCUUCUUGCUGAAGAGUGCCUUUGCCGGCAGGACGUCAAAGACAAAGGGGAAGAGGUGGAGGAAGUGCAGCAGUGACGCCAGCAUGUCCCUCCCGCCUUCCCUGUCCGAGCCAGCCUCACCCUCAUCCCACCCCGCCCCCAGCGCCUCCACGCCGACACACGGCACCAGCACCGGCUGCAGCUGCUCGUCAUACAGCACACACCGCUCCACAGCACCGCUACCCUCCCUCAGACACGCGCACAGCCCCUCCACCACCUUGAUGCGCCGCUGGUUGCACAGCUGCACAUACGCCGAAGUGUCCCCAUCGCUGGUCGACAAACGCACGCCGCCCCCCCCAGCCAUGCGAGCUGCAUUCGCCGCAUCCACGACAUUCGGCAGCUGACGCACACGCGCGGCGAAGUCGGCCGGGGCCAUGUCGGAGCAGCCGCACAGCUGCUUGAGCGUGCUGAAGGAUAUGUCGCCUUUCGGCCAUGCGCGCAGCACGUGGAUGAUCUUGGCGUUCAGAAGCUCUUUCAGCUGCACUCGGUCCAGGUGGGGGAAGAGCGCCUUGAGAGGGACGGAGGAAGGGCUGAGAGAGGGGUCUGCGGGCGGCUGGUCGCUCACGCGCAGGGAUAUGGGGGAGUAGGGGUGGGGGAAGGGCAUCGACGGCCUGCCUGCCGUGCCGUCAAACAUGUCGUGGCAGUAUCGCGUGACGAAAACCGAAGCAAUCGGCAGCCGGUGUUCCUCCCUCUUGACAACGCUCAGCCGCUUCCACACGGACACCACAUCGACGGCUGUCCGCCGCUCGUACUCCUGCCUCCGGGCCAGCGCACUCUUGAGUUCUUUCCUGACGGCCUCUAUCACCAGGUAGUCAUCCAGGUGGUGCUCCCGCGCCGUCUUGUGCUCCGAUUGGGGCGAGGGCGGGAGCGGCGGGUAGUAUGAUUUGUUUGGGCGCAGGCCACCGAACAGCCCGAGGGCGACUCCCCUGUUGCUGUCGGUGUUGGGUGGCGGUGAAGGUGUCCCGCCGUUGAUGGUGGGGGAUGGCGUACGGGGCGGACCGAGGGGGGACUUGCGCCUGCAAAAGGCAAACAGGGAUCAGAUCACCCACACACCCAGCUCACGAGUGUUGUCCGCCGCUUUCUGCUCACAAUUCGUCGAGUGUGGGCGGCUGCCACUCGUCCACGUGUUGGCAGGCGGCCGUCCACAAGGAAAAUGCCAACACGUGGUGCCGGCUGUCCUUCCCAAGAAGCGUCACAGACACGCCCCCCUGCUGGGCACUGGCAACCUCCUGCAGCGGCUGCGUCAUGGCGCCGUCGAGACUGUCGAGAUGGUACACGGCCCGCUGCCUCACAAGGCGCUCCGGGAUGGUCGGGUCUUCACAGCCGAUGGCGGCUACGGUGCUGUCUGCGGGGGCGUGGAUGUACAGAGUGGGCGAAUUGGGGGGCAGCGGCAGCGACUCCAUCAUCGCCCGACGGAUGAGAUCCGCUGUCCUGAGAGAAGAGCAGGCCGUGAGGACAACACACAAGAGAGAAGGCCGCUCGCGUGCCUGGUUCGUUGGUCAGGUAGUGGCAGGCACCAGCUACCAUUUUCUUGGUUUGGUGACAAUGACGAAUGUCGGCUGGCUGGAGUCGCGCUGCCCCUGCUGACGGGUGAUUAGCUCCUCUGCCUCAAAGUCUCUCCAAGACCCCGGCAGCCUGCAGGGCAGCAUCGAUCACAAGACAACAUCACCAUGGCCUUCGUUCGUUCGUUCGUUCGUUCGUUUGUUCGUGCCCUCAUUGCAUAUCAUUACUGUUGCGGCAGAUUAUCGCCCCGGUCAGCGGCUGGCUGAGCGUCGACGUCCUCCACAUCGACAAACGUGAUGCCGCCGUCAUCCUCAGUCACCGUAAGAUUGGCCUCUGCGCACCAUACGAAGAGGAGAGCAACGCUCAUAAGCGCCAUGAGUCUGUCGUACCGAGCAGCAUCCUGUGCUUUGAGAAGGCGUCGUAGCAGCCCAUGAAAACGUCCACCUCGUCGCAACCGGCCACGGCCUUUGCGUGGAUGGAAGCGAAGACGGGCGGCCGCUUGCUGGGGCGUGCCUUGGUAAUGUCCAGAAAGGACUGCUGCAGACGCUGCAGCAGAACACUCAUGGACCUGAUACGUCCCAGAGAGGGGGUGUCCAACAGUUGUGUGGAUGCAUCUUUCUCUCUGGUGGCGGCUUGGCUUACCAUCCCGGUGGAACGUCUUUGAGCCUCACAACGAGAAAAUGCCGCGUGGUUGGGUCAGUCACGCUCUCAACUGACUGGUUCUCCGGCCACCUGAGGUCAACGAGAGCUUUCUUGGCUGAAGGAAGGAAGCAGACAAACACAUACACAUACACAUACGUAGACCGUGUAGGUGCUGCUAUGACUCGCUGGUCUGCAUUUCUUCACUCACCCGCGUCAGCCAGCCCGGCGGAUCUGGCUGGAUAAGGUGCCAGAUCCAUGACGCUAUCACGGCUUUAAGGGAAUGCGCUCCUCCCUCCUCUCUUCGCGGGCCUCUUUCG